UAAGGUGGGUGAAGCUAUGCUUCUAGGUAGUUAAGUUCCUGCCUUUCCCUUUCAUUCCUUUGAAUACUAGAAAAACUCUUCAUUUUCUCCUCAAGUCGAUCUCCACUCGGUUAUAAGUGGAAGGCGUUUUGCAUGCUUCUUGGCUAUAAGGAAGAAAAAACAGUAAUUAAGGGCCUACGGAAAUGACCACAGCCAGAUUUAUCAAGUGUGUGACUGUGGGGGAUGGCGCAGUGGGAAAGACGUGCAUGCUCAUUUCCUAUACCAGCAACAGCUUUCCAACGGAUUAUGUUCCAACGGUAUUCGACAACUUCAGUGCCAAUGUUGUCGUGGAUGGUAGUAUUGUGAACCUUGGCCUAUGGGAUACUGCAGGACAGGAAGAUUACAAUAGGCUAAGGCCUCUAAGUUAUAGAGGAGCUGAUGUGUUUCUGUUGGCCUUCUCUCUCGUCAGCAAGGCCAGCUAUGAGAACAUCUCCAAAAAGUGGAUCCCUGAGCUCAAGCAUUAUGCCCCCAACGUGCCAAUUAUACUCGUGGGCACCAAACUUGAUUUACGAGAAGACAAGCAGUUCUUGUCUGAUCAUCCUGGAGCAACACCGAUAACAACUGCUCAGGGUGAGGACUUGAAGAAAAUGAUCGGCGCAGUCUUCUACAUAGAGUGCAGUUCCAAAACUCAGCAGAAUGUGAAGGCCGUGUUUGAUGGCGCCAUAAAGGUUGCUUUGAGGCCACCGAAAACAAAGAAGAAACCACGCAAGCAAAGAACGUGUGCUUUCCUCUAGCGGCCAAUACGAAAUCGAUCGUGAUUAAUGUCACUUGUAAUCUAUAUUUUUGUUUCUCUUAAUUGUUAUAUACUUUUCUAAUACGUAUAAGCUCAGUCUGGAGCAAUGGGACAUUUUUUGGGAGGACGUUUCCCAUCAAUAUAUAUAUAUAUAUAUAUAUAUAUAUAUAUCCACAUUGAUUUAUAUGCCAUAUGAAAUUAGUAUAAGCAGUAUUAAGUUGAUCA